ACAGGCAACUAUUACAGCAUCACAAACGACUACGAUAAUCCCAGUCGAGUCUUUUUCUGCCAAGCCUGCGAGAUAUCACCCGCGCAAUAUGAAGCUUCGCAGAUGAGCAUCGCAGCAUAAUGAGAUUAAAAAGAAAAAGAGAAAAACAUAAGCGAGUUAAAUUACCGAUUUACAUGGCCAUGACGAUUCACCAUCCACCCACAAACCCUCCCUCUUCAAUACGAUUUGACCACCCCCUAUUUUUCAUCGACAGCGUAUUUCUCCCAUUCAUUUUUUUCUCGUUGGCGCAGCAAGCUUUUUCUUGUCGUUCUUUCUUUUCUCUGUUCUCUCAUUUGAUUAUAACCAAGCACACACACAAAAAGGGAGUUGGGGAAGAAAGAGAAAUGUCAAAUGUUCAUUUUGUUCAUCUUCAGAAGGCGCAAGGGCGGGCUGAUUGUUCGGAUGGGUUUGGUAGGGAGGGGAGUAUUUGUGGACUUUUCUUGUUUCUUGUUCCUUUUUUUCUUUUUCUUUAAUCUGGUUUACAAAGCUUUGAGGCGUGAAAUGAGAUGCAUUCUGUUCUCUGUCUCUCCAUUUCUUUAUAUGGAAUUCGUUGAUGUUUGUAUUGCGUGACUGUUGUUUUUAUAUGAGAUACGGUUUGUUCGCCUAUAUCUGUAUGCCUAGUAUUGAUUGAUGCGUAUGAGGCGGAGGAAAGGGAAAUCAAA